UUUAGAAUGAAUUAUUUUGUAUGUGUUGCAUCUUCAAAUUCACUCUGAUUCUUCUUUCAGUUUUCGAAAUCACGCUUUGGUGGGUCAAAGUCGGCCUCACUAAAGCCACAUUUAGUGGCUAGGAGGACCCCCAGCCCUUCUCCUCCUCCUCCUCCUUUCAUAUCCUCUGUGAGGACACCCAGCAGCCCUGCGCCUCCUUCAUCUCCUGGUAUGUCCUCUGUGAGGACACCCAGCAGCCCUGCGCCUCCUUCAUCUCCUGGUAUGUCCUCUGUGAGGACACCCAGCAGCCCUGCGCCUCCUUCAUCCCCUGGUAUGUCCUCUGUGAGGACACCCAGCCCUACUGGGAACUAUGGCGUUGCUGAAGAUGCUGGUGAGCCUGGAGGAGUUCAGCUCGCCGCUGCUGGGGCUGCAGCUUCAUUCUGGUUGCCGUCGGAGAUGAGAAAGACCCUCCCUGUGCAGGACCAGAGGUGGAUUGCCAACACCCUCUUUCCCUCCGGCAAACUGCGGACAGAUUUGAAGCUGUGGUAUGAGCCCCCUGGCCCGGCCCUCAUCUACCAUCAGACUCCAACACCCGACCGCUUUUUUACACACUCACUGAUGGUGUGGAUGCCCUACCGCCUGUGGAAGGUGAGGGUAUUCUGCCCAGAUUGUGGGAAGCAGCUGACGGGCUCCGGUGUCCACAAGAGGUCGAGGAAGGUCCUGGACAUCGACAGGUAUUACCUGAUGGUGACGGAGACACUCAAGUGUAAUGUGUGCUCCAAACAAUACCUGUCGACGAGUCAGACUGUCCGGAACCAGCUAGACCUGCCACACCAACAGCUGUUUCGACUGAUCCUGACCCAAAAGUAUGCUUGUGACAUCCGUGUCAUUCGGCUGCUUCGGGACCGACUCUCGGCAACAGUCCAGCACGGCUGGCAAGAGCCCAUCGACAUCCCCACCAGUCGCUGGCUGCUGUCUGUGUACGGCAGGGACAUCCUCUGCCGCAUCGACCACAUUAGGGCCAGCAUCACAUCCACAUUUGGGUCUAUCUUAAAGAUGGACUCAACCAAAAAGAUCACAAAGAAGCUGGCCGGCCACGGCAGGGGGACAGCUCUCUGGGUGACCUCCAUCGGCAAUGAGGUCGGCCAGAUAGUGAACAGUGUCCUGACGGUGCAGGAGGGGCCGGGACUGGACGUGAUGGUCUCCGGAGUGAUGGAGCGGUACCGCCAGGCCGCUGUCCCACCCCCACUGGUGCUUUACAUCGACUGUGGCUGCUGUAUAAAUGAAGGGUUGAGCAAGCUGCAGACCAGGUUUGCAGCUUGGCCAGACCUCCACAUACGGCUGGACAUAUGGCACUUUAUGCGGAGGCUGGCUGUCGGCUGCACUACCGAUGCUCACACCCUCUAUCCCAUCUUCAUGAGCAGCUUGUCAGCCUGUAUCUUUGAGUGGGACGCAGGGGACGUCACUCUGUUGCGGCAGGCAAAGAGAGAGCAGCUCUGGCAAGAGGGUGUGCCAGGAAUUACUGAUCGCCUGGUGGACACGCGUAUCAGUAAGAAGGAGCUGAGCCAGUACUGCCGUAGGAGGACACGCGGUGUGGAGGCCACCAUCAAACUCCUCGAGCAGCUGCUACAUACUCUGGGUGGGGAAAGGGGAAGAGACCUCAUGGGGGUGCCACUGCUGGACCAGGCACGCAUGGAGCACAUUUGGCGUGUGCAAAAGCGCCACGUGGGGUGCAUCCAGGACGUUCCAGGUGUGCCGCUCUACACAAAGGUCGGAACGACCACCAAGAGUCGGGUCAUCCUGACACGAUACCGCUGUGCCAGAGGGUCCACAUCCCUGGAGUCCUUUCACCUCCACUUGAACAGGUUCAUUCCAGGAACUAGUGCAAAUGCGCUGAAUUUCCAGUUGUAUCUCCUGGAAGGCCUGAACAGGUGGAACCAGGAUCGGGCGACUGCAGCGGUGACCAGCAAGCCGUCAUCGUUCUUGACGUACGCCGGUGACGUGACACACUGUGUCAACACCAACACACUGAAGGUGUUUGGUCGGGCAUUUGUGCCAACCUUCAGGCCACCUUCGAAAUACACUGGUGAGCUUAUCGGGGUUGAUUAUUUGUUGAGUCAGACUGGCCAGCCCCUUAAAAUACUCCCUGACUCAGAGGAGACAGACAAUAUGCUGGAGGAUGUGAACGAGAGAGAGGAAGAAGAAGAAGGAGAAGACGAGGGCUUCCAGGAAGACACAGUGUCAAGUCUCCUGGAUGACCCAAGCCUCACUGACUCUUCUCAGCCUGCAGCCACCUAUCUGCUCUUCCAGACUCCUGCCUCCUCCUGCUUCCUCCCAGCUGUGGAUAAUUCGUGCAUGCCAGGGUUGGACAAGGUGGACAAGUUGGCAGAGUGUCUGGUGGAGUUGAGGAACCAGUCCUCCAUGGCUCUGAGCAACCAGACGGCAAGCAACAUUGUUGCUCUGUGGCAGAACCUGGAUGAGUAUGAUAAAAAAAGAAUCAUAUUCUCUGCCAGGCACCAGAGUCGGCUGGACACGGGGAGGUUCAAGUCCUCCAAAAAAAAGCAGGACUUCACUCCAGGGGUGGAAAGUUUGAAGAGGCACAGCCUGACAACCACUGGCCCACUUGCACAGUGGCCUGACUGCUGCCGCCUGAUAGAGACUAUAUUUAUCAGGCUCUGCUCUAUUCACCGUAGUCCCAAGAAGAACGGGGCUGGCACGCUGUCCAGAUGGCUGCUAAUCCUGGAUGACUAUCGUAAAGUCAGGCAGUGCAUUCUUGACAACGGGAUAGUCAUGCAGGAGACCACCCUGCAGCUGGUGGACGUGAGCCAUACAACCCUGGUGCAGUGGCACAAUAAGAGGGUGAAGAAGCAGGACAAUGCAGUUGUCAUACAAGGGCUAAAUAUGCCCAGUCCAAUGUCCCUGGCAGCUCACCCUCUUAUUUGUGCCACUCAACCACCAGCAUCAACACCCACCUUGCCGAGCCCGGCACACCUCUAUACGCUGCCCAGCAGCACUGUCGGACAGGCCAGGUUAAAGAGGAAGUCGGAGCGGCAGCUCUUUCCUGCUCCAUCCCUGGCCCCUCAGCUGGUGAGAGGUGUGUUCAUCCCAGCGUAG